CAUUCGGUGUGCGUUUCUGUGAAGGAAUGAUAGUUGUGAGAAGAUGUCUUCCAGAAGCUCUGGCGAACCGCCGGCCAAGAGGCCCAGAAUAGAGGUGGUUGGUGCUGAAAAAGGUCUUCCACCACCUUUGCAUCUUCUCGACUCCAAUCCCGACCGUCCCUUGUACUUCCUGAGUCGAGCCAGAGGUAUAAAUCCUCGACAAAACAACAAUGGAAGGUGUGCCACCUUGUCAGAAAUUCUCUCCCCGUUGAUGGGCAACCUGAAGUCGUCUGCUCAGUUCAACUACAUGGUGGAUAUGGAGUGGUUAUUGGAGCAAUACCCUGUGGAGUUUCGCAAGCGUCCGCUGCUUGUAGUUCAUGGAGAGCGCACUAGAGAAGCACGCCUUCGCCUUCAGUCUGCUGCAAGAGCAUCUGGUAACAACGAUGUGGAGGUAAUGGCAGCACGUUUGGACAUACCCUACGGAACUCACCACACCAAGAUGAUGUUUCUGCUGUACGAGGAGGGCAUGCGGGUUGUUAUCCACACUGCCAAUCUCAUCGAUCGUGACUGGCUUGCCAAGACGCAGGCUAUCUGGAUUAGUCCGCUUUUCACCAAAUUCCCUGCAAGCCAGGGAGCGUCGCCACCUAAACGAUCCGAGUUCGCGUCUGACAUGCUGGCCUAUCUAGAUGCGUACGGAACACAGGGCACAAAGAGCCUCGACCCGUGGAAGAAGGCAAUUGCAGAGCACGACACGACGGCAGCCAAUGUGAAGCUUGUUGCUUCGGUGCCGGGUCGUCACGCUGGACCGCAGCUGACCAAGUGGGGUCACACUCGCCUCGGCAGGCUUCUCAGAGCUGAAUGCAAGGCACCCACUGCAUGGCCAGUGCUCGGUCAGUUUUCCAGUAUCGGUGCGCUCGGCGCUACGCCAGCAGCUUGGCUUUCAGGAGAGUGGCUCUCCAGUUUGGCGGCCAGCAAUAGAGGCAUUGAGCCUGCCAGCAGUUCUCCGCUCAAGCUCGUUUUCCCCAACGUCGAGACGGUGAGAAACAGCACAGAGGGCUACUUUGCUGGAAGCUCACUGCCGUACAGCGCGGCCAAUGCGGCCAAGCAACCCUGGCUCAAGAAGUACUUGCAUACGUGGAAGGCGCACACUCAAGGUCGCACAAGGGCAUCACCACACAUCAAGACGUAUGCCCGUGUCUCUCCCAACGGUAACCGUGCAGCAUGGUUUUUAGUAACAAGUGCAAAUCUAUCCAAGGCCGCUUGGGGUUCGUUUGAAAAGCAACGCCAACAGCUAUUUAUACGCUCCUAUGAGAUGGGCGUUCUCUUCCUGCCAAAAUCAUUCGGUGUGGAUUCGUUCACACUAGCGGAGUCACCCCCGGCGGAUACGAGCACAUCAGCGACAGCGUCGUCGGGAGCAGCGUCAUCAGGGUCGACGGCUGCGGCAUCGUCAUCACCACCGGCAGCAGCAAGCGCGUCGGCAUCCUCUGCUGCAGCAGGUAAGUCUGUGGUGGUAUUGCACUUGCCGUACGACCUGCCCUUGACACCGUACUCGGCCGCCGACCAGCCGUGGACCUGGGACAGCAAGCACAUGCAAGUGGACACGCAUGGUCGCACCUGGGAACCUGGCAAAUGAGGUUUUAGCUGUGCCUCACUGCUACUCUGGGAACCUGGCAAAUGAGGUUUUAGCUGUGCCUCACUGCCACUCUGGUGUCUGUGCCUCACUGCCACUCUGGUGUCUGUGCCUCACUCCUACUCUGGUGUCUGUGCCUCACUGCUACUCUGGUGUCUAGCUACACUACACAAUACAAUAUUCAUUAUUCACUUGAUUAUCUCGGUUUCCAUGGUUACUACUUCCCAGCCCCUGGCGGGUUUCAGGGCUUUUUAAUGCUUCGUUAAAAAAAACUUUCCUUUACUUUUUCCAUUUCCACAGCUAUAUAGUGCUAGCCAAGCGUCUUCCCUUUAAGAAUAUUCUGCGUUGUGACCAUGAACAAUAAGCCCAGAGCACUGGUGGCUUUAUCUGGGACGUAAUAAAAAUGUAAUAGUAAAUACACACGCCCACACGUUACUUUGCUGUCGAGAACUCAGAUGCACAGAUGCUUGCUGGAAU